AUGGCUCAGCCAUCAAUCCUGUACAAAGAAAGUUACUCUGUGCAAAGAAGCUUAGAGAAGCUGCUGGGUUACACGAUUCCGUUAUAUUGCCUUGACCAACCAAUUCUCCGUUGUUUAUGCAUUUUUCCGUUUGCAGGGAUAGGCGCCUUCUGGUUGCUCGACGAACAGAUUAUCCCUGAAGGUUUAGGCCCUUGCAGGAUUUACAGGAAUAUCGAAGAAGCUCUUGACAACUUGGCUUCAUGGACUUACCGUGAGACAAGUUUCAAAAUGAUGGUGGACAUGCUCUUCUAUGCGUUGAACAAUCCUGCACUAAAUUUGAUGGUUAUCCAAAAUGCCAUGACAAAAGUGUUGGCCAGUGUUCUUAAGGCUUUCAAGUCGAGGAACUACAACGUUCUCAUAGCUGGGCCUUCUUUUGAAGUCGUUCAAGGUUUCUGUGUUGAACUAGGAAUGCCUAUCCUCCAAUGUGGAAGCAUGCAACGUGUUCGCGAUACUUCUGUUGAUAGGGGAAGGCCAAAUGGUAUUUACGCUGGCUGGCACAUGUAUCUUAUGGGAUGUCGAGGACUACCUGAUGGUCUCUGUCCUGAUUUGAUUUUUGAGACUAUCGGGUCUGCUCUGGCUAAAAAGGAUUAUCGUGGUGAUGUGUUGAUCUUGGCAUAUGGUGAGAAACAAACGUUCCCAGAUGAACUGCCGGAUUCCAGAAUCAGAAGCAGUUUCGUACCUGAUGGGGAAGAACCUGAGAGAUCUUUUACAAUGUUAUUGGACAUGCUUUUUUGGGCGUUGGACAAUCCUGUGGAACACAUGGAACCGCCAUCUUUGAUGAGGCUACGAACUUUACAUAUUAGAGAGCCUGUUCAGCUGAGAUCAGGAAAGCUACUUACUACUGAAAGCCCAAUAUGGCUUUGGACGAGCCUAUUAGAUGCAGCGAAGCCCAUCGACCAAAGCGGAAGCUCACAAAGUGUUGGCAAUAAGCGGAAGAGGGAAGCAGAGUAUGAGGACUAA